AUGGCGCCGCCCCUCAGUAAAGGAGCGGUGCCCAAACCCAAAAGAGGACGCGGCCGCCCGCCAACGACCGGACAAUAUGUCGGCUUGGCGAAGGCACAGGCCGAUCUGAAUAGGGAAAAGGAGGAGGCCCUUCGAAUCCAGGCAGAGGAGGAGGUAGCCGAGGCGGCCAGAGCGGCGCGAGAGACGCGUUCUUCGCUCCUUGCGAGCCCCGCCGCCAUGGAAGAAGACAGGCCAGAGCAGACCAACUACGCUCUGGCCCAAUGUGUUGAGACUUCGCUGGGAACGAUCUCCAUGGUCGCAGCGAAGUCGAACAACUUGAAGGGGACAUUCCAACGUCUUCUGAAGGAGGCGGUCAGUGAUAUACGCACUACCGUCGCCGCUAUGAAGAACCGCGGAGCGACGGAGGAGAUACGAGCCCUCGAAGCUCAGAAUGCGCGGCUCCAACAGGAAGUGGAGUCCAUGCGCAAGGAGUUAGAGGCGCUACGUCAAAAAGUAUUGAAGCCGGCCGAGCAGGACAUGCGCCAGCUGUUGUCUGAGGUCUCUCGCUCUAACGUAGAGACCUUCAGCAACAUGCUGAACGCUCGGCUGGCCGGACUAGAGAGUCGGCUCCUUCCAGAGCCUCGACUGAGACCUCCGCUCGCGGCGGACAGAGAUCGGAGCAUCACUCCAACUGCCGUCGAAAGCGUUGAGAAACCACCGGAAGAGACGCCGGGGACCCCGAAGCAGAAGGCCAAGGGGAAACCGGCCCCAAAGAAGACACGGCAGCCAGCCGCCGCAGAGGCCCCGCAAGAGGCCCCUGCCGCGCCUGAGGCGCCCAAGGCCAAGAAGGGCCGGAAGAAGAAGCGGCCGUCGAUGGCCGCUCUGGAAGCGACACAAGGGGGAGCGAACACCAGCUCCCCUCGUACUGGGGCCCCAUGGACCACGGCACUUGAGACGGCCCGGCGGGCGGUGAACAUCGCGGAGUUCGAUAUUCCGCAACUCCGCUUCCGCCGGGCCCGAACUGGAGGGCGCCUCCUCACUAUCGCCGGCGAGGGCGCAGAGAAGAAGGCGGACGCCUUUGCCGCGAGGCUGAAGACAGUCCUGCCUCAGGAAGUGAAAGUCGGGCGGCCAGCUGCUUGCGCGGAGAUGCGCAUCGCCGGCCUUGACGACUCUGUGACGGCCGCUGAAAUCAUGGAAGCGGUCGCACUUGAAGGGGAGUGCCUGGCCGGCGAUGUCCGGUCGGUGACUACGCAUCGAGGACGUGGGGCAGACUCACCCCUCAAUGAUCAAAACAUGGAAGGUUGCAUCGACAAAAAUAUUCCCCGGGCGGGUACCAACAAUGUUGGAGAAUCCCGCACCCCCUCAGAGGAGGGGGUCUGGCCCAUGUAUACGGGGGGCGCCACCGCUGCAAUGAAGGAGAGUAGGAGGAGUGAGGAGAAAAACGACUUUGGCAAUGUAUCACUGGACGAUGAGAGGCAAUCUGACUUGGCUGCUAUGACGACGGCGAGUGAGGGUGAUGGUGGAUCGCGAGCGGUAACGCCCGUAUCCAUUGGCGCGGGUCCUUCGCGAUUUUAUGGAAGACCCGAGAGCGGAAGCGACGAGAGCGGCAACGAGACCGCCGCCUCUCGGAGCCAGGACCGAGGCAGUGAAAGGGAGAGGGAGAAGAUAAGGGCCACUUACCGGCGCAAGAGGCGCGGAAGUGACCUGGAGAACAGCCCUGAAAAGGACAAAGGAGUGGCUUUAAAGCCCUCAUCAAAAAGAGGAAGAGGCAGACCGCCCACCACAGGGCAAUAUGUUGGUCUAGCCAAGUCUAAGAGGGAGUACCUCGAACUCAAGGAGAAGGAGAUAGCGAUGGAAGCGGAGAAGGAGGUCCUGGAAAUGACGAAGAAGUUACCAGAGCUACGGUCCCACCGGCUCUCGGAGGCUUCACUCUCCGAUUGUGCGAUGACAGAGGACGAAGUGGUCACGGCGGCGAAACUGGGCUCAGCCAUAACCCAGAGUCUGGACGCCAUCCUCGCGGUGACCCAAAAGUCCAAAAACUUGAAAGGGACAUCGAUUGCGGCCUUGAAAAAGGCGACCUGCACUAUACGGGAGGCGAGCUCCGCCCUCCUCAGCAGGUCAGCAUCGGAGGAGACAAGAGCCCUGGUAGAAGCAAACACCCGCCUCUCCAGAGAGCUCGACGAGAUGAAGAAGGAGUUGGAGGCCGUCAAGCGCAAGCUCGCUGACGCACAACCACAUACGGCUCCCAAGACCAUCCAAGAGCCGAAUAUGGAGGAGAUACUGCAGCGAGCAAUGCGCGAGGCGGUGUCUCUUAUGAACGCCCGCAUGGACGCGAGACUGGAAGGGCUUGAGGCUCGGCUCCUGCCGGAACCUCGCCUGCGCCCCCCGUUAGCUGCUGACAAGAAGAGGGAUAGUGCCGUUUCGACCUCAUCUGGCACUAGGCCCCAACAGGCUGAAAAAGAAAGUGAGACUCCGCCUCCGCCAGAGCCAUCAGUUUCUACACUGAUGCCUCCGACGAACCCGGGUCCGAAACCGAAAAGGACGAAGAAGGGGCGAAAGUCUGCCGCCGCCGCUGAAGCUGCAGCCGCGAGGCGCGACACAGUGACAACGGCAGCAGGGUCACAGCCAGCCGCCACUCCCUCAUGGACAGAGGUAGUGAAAAGAGGGAAAGGCAAGGCACCGAGGACGGUGGAAGUAAAGAAAAAGGUGCAAAAGAAAAAGGAGAAGAAAAAGAAGGACAAACAGCUCCGCGCUCCGAAAACUGCAGCCGUAGUGCUAACGCUGCGCCCGGACGCGGAGAAGAACGGUGUCACCUACCAGAGUGUCAUCGACAAAGCCAAGCAGCACCUGGAUCUGACUGCGCUAGACAUAGCAGCGGUCAAAUUCAAGCGGGCCGUGACCGGGGCCCGUAUGUACGAGGUCUCGGGUACUGCCUGCAAGGAGAAGGCAGACGCUCUGGCGGGUAAACUGAAAGAAAUAGUGGGAGAGGACAUGGUACACGUAUCGCGGCCACAGAAAUGUGCUGAGUUACGAAUUGCGGGUCUCGAUGACUCGGCGUCGGCGGCAGAAAUCGCGACUGCUGUAGCGAGAACGGGCGGCUGUCGCGCCGAAGAUGUUAGAGUCGGAGAGAUUCGCGUAGACAGGAGAGGUCGCGGCUCGGCCUGGGUCAAAUGCCCGGUCGAGGCCGCAAAACAAGUGACGGCGCCGAACGCUAAAGUUUAUGUCGGUUGGACCGUAGUGCAGGUGACUCUGCUCUCCGCGCGAAAAAUGCGGUGCUUUAAGUGCCACGAAGAGGGCCACACCCGGGCGACGUGCUCGUCAGAGAUCGAUCGCAGUGAGCUCUGCUUCCGCUGCGGACAACCGGGCCACUCGACCAAGCAGUGUGGGAAUCCUCCUCACUGUGCACUGUGCGAGGCAAGAGAGAAGCCGGCGGACCACAUCGUAGGCAGUCGUCGCUGCGACAAGUCUGCCCCUCCCAGCAAGAAGAAACGGAAAGGCCCUGAAAAGAGCCAAGCACCGAAAAAGGGCAACCUGAACCACUGCGCCCAGGCGCAGGAUCUCUGGGUUCAGGCUCUUCUGCAGUGGGAAAUCGACGUGGCCGUUAUUGCAGAGCCGUACCGCGUCCUGGAAAGGGGUGAUUGGUUGGGAGAUGUCAACUCGUCGGUCGCCUUGGUCUUUGGUCCCAAAAUCGUGCCUCCUUCGUCGAGGAAUUCGAUAAGGGGCCGUGGAUUCGUUGUCGCCAUCUUGGGGACCCUCACCGUAGUGGGGGUUUACUUUUCCCCGAACAGGCCGAUCGUCGAGUUAGAGGCGCUCUUGCUCCGCCUGACCGCCGUCGUAGAGGGGUCGACUCAACCCGUAGUCGUCGCCGGAGACUUCAACGCGAAGUCACCGUUGUGGGGCUCCCCGGCGACGAAUGCGAGAGGUCGCUUGAUGGAGGAAUGGUUGGCUGCCACCGGUUUGGUCCUGGCGAAUCGUGGGGCGACCAGCACAUGCGUCCGGCGGCAGGGAGAGUCCAUAGUAGACCUGACCCUAGUCAGCCCUGCCAUCGCUCAACACGUAACAGAAUGGAGGGUCCUGAGUCGUACUGAGACUCUAUCGGACCACCUCUACAUUCGCUUCGUCAUUUCUCACUUGACGGAGCAAGGCCGCACAAUUUCACCUGGUGCUGGCCCGAGGUGGUCCCUGAAGAAGCUGGACCGCGACAUCCUCAAGGAGGCAGCGGCUGUCGCAUCGUGGGCACCUCUCCCAUCGGAGGACGUAGAGGAGUGCGUGGAGUGGCUAACUGAGGCGGCGCACAACAUCUGCGACGCCUCGAUGCCCCGCGCUGGCCCGGUUCCGCCCAGACGCCAGACAUACUGGUGGAGCCCGGACCUGAAACGCCUUCGAGAGGAAUGUGUAGCGGCCCGACGCCGUUACCUACGGUACCGCAGACGGCGGAUCCGAAAUGCGGAAGAGGAAGACGCCAUCUAUGAUGGAUACCGCUCAGCGCGACACCACCUGCGCGACGCCAUCAGAACGGCGAAGAGAGAGGCUUGGGAGGAUUUCCUGAGAACUCUGGAGCAGGACCCGUGGGGCAGACCCUACAAGUGGGUGAGGCAAAAGCUUCGCCCUGCUGCCCCACCGCUCACUCAGUCCUUGCAGCCGGAUCUCUGCAGAUCCAUUGUUUCGGCCCUAUUUCCACCUAGGGCCGAGUGGUCCCCCCCAUCCAUGGCACCACCAACUGCAGAGCCCGAAGAGGAGGAGGAAAUCCCCCCAGUCUCAGCCGGAGAACUGGCAGCGGCGGUACAUAAGAUGAGUCUUCAGAAUAAGGCCCCUGGCUUGGAUGGAGUCCCCGCUCGUGUCUGGGUGCUAGCGAUGGAGCACAUGGAAGCACGUGUGCUCGCCGUACUGAACUUGUGUUUGGUUCAGGGGCGAGUUCCACGUCGCUGGAAGACGGGCAAACUCGUGCUACUCAGAAAGGCCGGGCGACCAGAAGACCAGCCGUCUGCCUAUCGUCCCAUAGUGUUGAUCGACGAGAUCUGCAAGACGUUUGAGAGGAUCAUCGUCGCACGCCUCAACCGUCAUCUUGAGAGCGUUGGUCCCAACCUGAGCGAUGCUCAGUUCGGGUUUCGGUCUCGUCGAUCAACAAUAGACGCGGUGGCACGGAUUCGGUCAAUCACGGAGCAGGAAAUCUCUCAGGGUGGGGUGGUGUUGGUUGUCUCGUUGGACAUCACCAACGCAUUCAACACCCUGCCUUGGGAAACAAUAAAGGAGGCCCUGAGGUACCACCGAGUGCCCAGAUACCUACGCCGAACCAUCGGUGAUUAUCUGUCGGAGCGCUCGGUGCAGUACCCUACCGAAGAUGGAUGGGAAGAGCAGGAGGUAGACUGCGGCGUCCCACAGGGUUCGGCUCUCGGUCCGGAACUGUGGGACCUUGGAUUUGACCAUGUGCUUCGCGGUGCCAACUUACCCGGCGUCGAACUGGUCGCGUACGCGGACGACACUGCGGUGGUCUGUCGCGCCAAAACGCACCGCGAAGCCACAAUCCUGGCGACGGCAGCGGUAGCGCAGGUGGUGCGCAGGAUCCAGGCGCUGGGCCUGACGGUGGCGCUGAACAAAACGGAGGCUAUCAUUUUCCACGGGCCCCGUAACGCGCCGCCGCCUGGCCUGGCAAUAAUAGUUGGAGGGACUUCGAUCCAGAUUGCGUCUACCAUGACAUAUCUCGGACUGAUCCUCGAUAGCCGGUGGACUUUCAAAGAGCACUUCCGCCGGCUAUCCGAGAAAGUGACAAAGGCAGCAGGAGCCCUGGCCUCGCUGCUCCCGAACCUCGGGGGCCCGAGCCUUACCUGUCGGCGCCUGUACAUGGGCGUGAUACGCUCUAUGGUGAUGUACGGUGCGCCGAUAUGGGCCGAAGAUCUGGCAGCUGUGAACAGGCAGGCCCUGGGACGGCUACAACGGAUAAUGGCGACGCGAGCGGUGCGCGGGUAUCGCACCAUCUCCCGGGAUGCUGCGUGCCUGCUCGCCGGUAGCGUCCCAUGGGACCUGGACGCCAAAACCCUCGCCGACGUCUACUGGCGUAGCGCAGAGGUCCGCGCGGGGGGCAGCAACCCCCUCCCGGAAGCCGUGCGUCGGUGGAGGGAAGAGGCCAACGACAGGGCAUUGGAAGAAUGGGAAGAGCGGCUCGCGGAGCCAAGAGUGAGCGUGGACCUGAUACUGGCCAUCCGCCCAGUGUUCAGGGAGUGGUUGGGUCGGAAGAACGGCGCACUCUCGUUCCGCCUCACGCAGGUGCUGACCGGGCACGGCUGCUUCGGUCGGUACCUGUGCGAGAUCGCCGGGAGGGAGGAGACGACGCGAUGCCACCACUGUGGAGAGGACAGGGACACGGCCGCGCACACCUUAACGGCCUGUCCCUCAUGGAUACUACAACGCGCGGCCUUAACGGCCGCGAUUGGACAGGACAUAUCACUGCCAGCUAUGGUUCGCGCCAUGCUACGCAGUGAACUGGAGUGGAAGGCGGUCGAGAACUUCGCGGAGGAAGUAAUCGCCGCAAAGGAAGAGGCCGAGCGGGAGAGAGAGAGAGAGGCGCUCGACCCCCGACGACGAAGACGGACAAGGCGACAACAUGUCAUUCAGAUUGACGACUUGCCGCCCUAG